AGACAAUGCUGUGAUCUGCUGGAAUGUUUUCCAGCAUUCACAGAAACUAUCUCAGAGGGUGUGUCCUUGUGUGUGUGUUUCUUCUCACUCCCGUGUCCCGUGUAGGACAUUUAAAUAGACAGCGAGAUCCCUUUGAGUGUCACCAGGCCAUCAGAGGUAAGGAGAUCUACCCUGGUAAACUUGAUAGUGCUGGUCAAGCUCAGAGGGGUCAUUUGCAGACCUUACAUGUAAAUCAAGGAAGAUGGCAACCGAAGAGCUCUGUCGCAGUUCAACACUGAAUACAUCUGUAGUAUGUUUAAAUUAUAAUUACGUAACGACAUAGUUUUAUGCAGCUAUUUUGACAUUUGUUUACCUACUAAAAUCACCAGUGUCCUACUAUACCAGACCUCCUGCAUUUGUCAUUCUUGUAACUCGAAAAUACACCAAAAACUGCUAGAGAACUUUCAGCAACAUACUUGCUUUUUUCUAUGAAGAAGACUCAGCUGGAGUUUGCCCUGCUCCCCUGGGGUGGCUGGCAGAUGAGGGCUGGUGACAUGUCCUGUAUUUACUAGAAGUGAGGCAAACCAGUUCUUCAAGUCCCAGUUGAUCUAUAACCCUGGUUGCUCGUAAACUGUGUCCAGAUUACUCUGUGGACUGCAGUGAGAGUCACUUCUGCCUUACAGAGUGUGCUUUCUGUAACAAAGAACCACAGCUAUAAAAGCAGCCUCCCGGCAACAGGAACCUGCCAUGGCGUUGCGCCCACGAGCUUCCUCCCAGCCUGGGAAACUUUCCUUCUUACAGAGUCCCAAGGUAGCUUCGGCCCUUCGGCCGCGGGCUGUUUCCUCGCGCUCAAGCUCUGUGCUGGAAGAGGAACUGUCCUGUCCUGUUUGCUGCGAGAUCUUUAAGGAACCUGUGGUGCUCAAGUGCAGCCACAGCUUCUGCCGGGCCUGCCUGCAGCAGUUCUGGAACAAGAAGAAAGCCAGGCGCGAGUGUCCUAUCUGCAGGAGGAAAUGCUCCCUGACGGAGCCCACGGUCAGCCUGGCCCUGAAGAAUGUGGCCGACACCUUCCUGAGGGAGCAGGAGCACAAGACGGCCGCUGCUGGGACAGGGGCAUGGGCCAGCCUGACAGGGGAGGAGGCAGGGAUGAUGGAGGUGAAGUGCAGCACACAUGGAGAAAUUCUCAAGCUCUUCUGUCUAGAUGACUUUGAAGUCUUGUGCUGUGUGUGUCACACCUCCAAGAAGCACCAGGGACACCAAGUGUGUCCCUUGGAAGAGGGAGCUCAGGACCUCAAGGCAGAGCUGAAGAAAGAGCUGAUUCCUCUGAAGAAAAACAUGCGUCACCUGUAUGAGGCCAAGCAGGAGUGUGAUGACACAACUGUCCACAUCAAGAACCAGACGCAGGCCACAGAGAGCCAGAUCAAAGAGGAGUUUGAACAGCUCCGUGAGUUUUUGCAGAAGGAGGAGGCAGCACGACUGGUUGCCCUGCAGCAGGAGGCCGAGGAGAAGAAAGAGCUGUUGAAGAGGAAAUCUGACAGCAUCACCAGAGAUAUCCUCACCUUCUCACACGCUAUCAUUGCCAUUGAGAAUGAGAUCGCAUCCAGCGAUGCUCUCUUCCUUCAGAACUAUGCUAACACAAAGAAAAGAGCACAGAUCCCGCAGAAGGAUCCAGAAAAAGUGUCGGGCGCUCUUAUAAAUGUAGCUAAGCAUGUCAGUUCCCUCAAGUACCACGUGUGGGAGAAGAUGGUGGAGCUGGUUCAGUACACACCCAUAACCCUGGAUCCCAACACUGCCUAUUCCUGGUUGUCCCUCUCCAGAGACCUGACCAGUGUGGCCAACAGUGGAUCCCUGCAGCAGCUCCCGGGCAACCCUGAACGUUUUGGCCACUUUGUGUUCGUGCUGGGCUCAGAGGCCUUUACUUCGGGCCGCCACGCCUGGGAAGUGGAGGUGGGCGACAAGGGGGACUGGAUGCUCGGGGUGGUCAAGGGGUCCAUCGACAGGAAAGGUCGCAUCUCGGGCUGUCCCGAGGGCGGCUUUUGGAUGAUCUCGCACUACGAGGGCGAGUACUCGGCCAUGACAAGGCCCAGCACCCCACUGUACCCGGAGGGGGAGCUGACCCGAGUUAGGGUGCAGCUGGACUACGACUCUGGAGAGGUGACCUUCUCCAACCCUGUCAGAAUGACACCCAUCUACACCUUUAACGACUUCUUCACUGAGAAGAUGUACCCCUUCUUCUGCCCUGGAGCCAACAUCAAUGGGAACAACCCCAACCCCCUUAAGAUCUGCCCCGCCAAAGUGGCUGUGUGGAACAGUGCGACAUGGUGAUUUGAUAACACCUUACAGAGAACAUUAGUGUACUGAAAAAUUUCAGAAAUUACCCAAGUGCACAUCAAUUCUUUUAAGCAGAUGAUGUCAGUGCAUGUUUGUGUGUAAAAUGAGCAUGAUACAAGCAGAGUGAUUAGAUCAAUAAGGUUUAUUUCACUGGGGUUCAUUUAUUGACCGACUGCAGUUAAUGAAGCACAGCCGGUAGCUGUCUAAAGCUACCAGGGGAUGGACUUGCCCUUAUUAUCCAAGCUCCAUUGUGCUGGUCAGUCAGGGAGGCCAUGGGGCUCGGCAUCCCCUGCACACUCACCUGAGCUUCAAUCUCCCCCUGGUGGUCGCAAACACACAGUUACUAUGAAGACUCACACAGGAGUAGAGUUCAUCUCACUCUUGGUUAAGAAACUGGCAUGUCUGUUUUCUAACUGCAGACCAGUUUAACAGACUCAAUCGGAGUCAGCCGUUUUCAGUUCUGACCUUGGCCACUUUCUUAUGUGAUCUGAAUCUGAUUUGUGGCAACGCAACACCCGUCUGAACCGUCAGAAAUGAUGCAGCUUUUAUGCCCCUCCGUGUUGGCAGUUGUAGGUCACUGAGGACGGCUGCAAUCACGGGGGUUCACUUUAGGGACAGUGAAUAUAUAAGACUGAAAAAUAUUUUAAAGACCAUAUAUAUAAAAAGAGGUGGCAAUGCUGGAUUAUGGGAGAAUUAUGAGCGCAAAGACACUGCAAAGUUUAAAGACUUAAAACGAACUUUAAGCUAAAUGCUUGAAUAAAACAAACCAGUGCUACAUUACAUGUCCAUUUAAAAGGAUCAAUAUUCUAAUGCAGUUAUCCCUUCUAUGAACCACUGGAGCUGUGUGAUGACACCAGCAGACUCCAGCAGGUUUAACUUUAGUUACACAAGCUUUCAUGCGGGUACUUCUGCAUAAGCAUCCCUCAGGUUUAUUCCACAAAAAAGAAUGAGAAAAUUAGGAAGAUACCAGUAGCUAAAGCUAUAGUUCUGCUAUAUCCCGGUGAAUUGAAUUUGAAUCUGUAUCACAAAACUUUAGGAUGAAAUUUUGCGAAUGUGAAUCUGGCAGAUAUAUUGAGAUAUCUUUGGUACUGUUAGAAAAAUCUGGAAAACUUUUUCAGACUGGUAUCAGACACUGGACACAUUAGGAGUGUGAAAACACUAACCUAAAAAUCAGUUUUUCGCAAAAAUUGUGACUUGAAUACCAAAAUAAUUUCUUGUGAAUAAAGCCUACAAGAUCUGUUGCCAUGAAAACUGUGCAGUUUCUUAGUUUUUCUCUGUGUUUUGUGUUGAUUCAACGGUAACUACUGCAGCGGCUUCUUUCCUAUUUUCAGAAAUCACACAGUGAUUGCAUAAACAUUCAACCAUUGUGUGUGAAAUAUGAAAUCAUACAACAUGUUAAUAUUGUAAU